UGCUGCCCGGAGGGAGCUCCGGGGCCAGACGGCAGCGACAGGAAGCGGCGGAGCACGGAGUCCAGCCACGGUGCCCUGGAGAUGUCCUCCGCUGAUGUAUAGAGGAUGUAUUUUCUAAUACGAAGCCAUUUUAAUUCCGUGAAGACUCUGCCACACAGGGGAUUGAAACAAAAUGCAAUGUAUUCUCUAGAGAAAAACUUGAAGAGGCUGAACAACCCAGUGAUAUAGAGGAAGGAGGAUUAGAUCUCACUGUGUCACUCAAACCUGUCAGUUUCUACAUUGGGGACAAAAAGGAAAUGCUUCAACAGUGUUUCUGUGUCAUAGGGGAGAAGAAACUACAGAAGAUGCUGCCUGAUACUUUAAAGAACUGUUCCAUGGAUGAAAUCAAAAGACUUUGCAUGGAGCAGUUGGAGCUGUUAUCUGAAAAAAAACUGUUGAAGAUACUUGAAGGCAAAAUUGGAGCUGAUUCUGAUACUGACGAGGAGGCAGAUGGAGGAGACAAGACUGGAGGUGAUUCAGUCAGUCAACAGGACAACAGUAUAGACUCAACUUCUUCUCUGAGAGAAGACAGCAAGGUGGAAGGCCAGGAAUCAAAACAAGGUAAGGGAGAAGAUAGUGAUGUCCUCAGCAUAAAUGCAGAUGCAUAUGAUAGUGACAUAGAAGGCCCAUGCAAUGAAGAAGAUGGUCCAGAUGUGCAAGAGAGCACUGUCAGAAGUGGAGCUGGCCAGAUAGAUGACCUUCAGAAGGACAUUGAGAAAAGUGUGAAUGAGAUUCUGGGGUUGGCAGAGUCCAGCCCAAAGGAGACCAAAGCAGCAACUUUAGCUGUUCCUCCAUCAGAAGAUGUUCAGCCAUCAGCACAACAGCUGGAGCUUCUGGAACUCGAGAUGAGGGCCAGAGCUAUUAAGGCUCUGAUGAAAGCUGGUGAUGUAAAGAAACAUCCCUGAGACUGUUCAGAUUUUGUUUUCACUAUUUGUUCCGAAGAAGGUGAUGUCUGUUCUUUUCACAGGUACAGUAUGUUUGGGUUGGGUGUGACAUUCCUCAUUCAGACUGUGUUGUGUAUCCUGACCUGUGGUUCAGUUGUUUUGUUGCCUUUAGUGUGCUGCUUCCAUGACAUGCACAAACAGUGGUUGAUGCUUCCUUGAGAUGAGGUGUCCUUGUGUUGGGUCACCACCUCAAGGAGUCACACCGCAUAUGGAGCUAUGCCAGGUACCUGGUGCCUUCCAUAAAGGUUGUUGCAGAAACUUAGAAUCAUUGAAUGGUUAGGGAGGAAGAGAUUUGAGACUGCUUAAUUCUUCUUGGGGCCCAUCUCAUCAUAACAUAAGUAUUCUCAUUAAAAUGUGAUGCUUUGUGUAAAAGCAUACUCAGUUUUUUAAAACUUGAAUUCCUAAAGGGAAGGAUUUUCACCUUUCAAAUAAACAGUUGAACAUGUUAUUUUCAGAGUUAUGAAAGUGCCUGAAAGAGACAGAGCAGAGUUUAUUUCAGUGCCAUGUAGUUUUGUCACUUUUCUCCACUCUUAUCUUUUGUAAUAUAACUGAAGAAAGCAGAGUUUCUUCCUAACUGGAAAGCUUUUGUUUUGAAUAUUUGGCAUAUUAUUUAGUAAAUCAGACAGUUCAGAAGACCCUGAGCUUUCAACAUUCAAUUGAUAUAGUCAUUUCAUGUCCCCUGGAAGUAGGAAAAUCCACCAAAUUUCAGUAUGCUCCUUUAGAAAAGGCAUUUAAUUUAUUUAUGAGGUUUUAAAAUAUAAAUUCUAUUUUUAUCCAUUUCUAGAUAUUCCUUUAUAAAUAAAUUGAAUUCUAGAAUUAAUUUUCAUGCUACAAUAUCUUACAAAAAUUAAAAUUUUAAUUUUUUUAGAACUAGUGCUGGUUUUCUAUCUGGCUGCUAAUCAAAGCAUAUUAAAAUAUUUGUGUGUUUGUUUACACAUGCAGACAUCAAUUUUUUUCUUUAAAGGUAUGAAGUUUACAAUUGUACUCUUUGUUAAGUAAAAUAAUGUAUUAUGUAUUUUUAUUCAUGAAUUUUCCUUGGUUGUUACUUAGAAAGCCAGAUGCUUGCAACAAUAGCAGACAUAAUUUCCCCUACUAUUGUGUAAUAUUACUGCAAACCUUAGUCUAUUCAGAUAUUAUGUCUUGAAUUCUUUAAUUUUAUAAUUUCAAUUUUAUAAUUAAUUAAUUAAUUAUAAUUCUUUAAUUCUAUAAUUUUCUUUUUAUUCUUCCAUUUUAUCCCUUUUCUUCCUUCUCUUUAUUCCCUUUCUUUUUUUUCCAGUUUCCUUUUAAACCCUUUUCUGUAGCAAGGUUCUUGUAUAUUUCUUAAGUAUGAUUGAUUUCCUCUACAACCAAUAUUAUUGUAAAAUGUUAGUGCAGUGUAAAUUUGAUAAUAAACUAAAACCUUCAUUAAAUACAACUGAUAAAAUUA